UUGAUUGAAGACAAAAGACGAUGAUGUGCAGUACGAAGUACGCAGCGACUGAGGACUAGACCUCGCCAGAUAGAUAUCUUUUCCUGCUACUCUCUCCACUUGGGAGUUUCACGUCUUUAUAUAUGUAUUAUGUGUUCUUGUUUUAGGGGCUUUUCCCCUCUUAAAUAAACAAACUUGUCUGUCAAGUUAAAUGUCAAUACAAAUAUUUGAAGUAUGAGUGCUUGUUUACAAUGUAGACUUUGUGCUGAAUGGAAAGUUGGAAAUGAAUUAAUAAAUAUUAAAGAUGAUAAAGCAAUUCAAUUAAAAUUAGAAUCCAAAAUUCAACAAUUUUUAAGUUUGAAUUUUGAUAACCUACAAUUACCCAACAAUGUUUGUUUAUUAUGUUGUGACAAAGUAGGAUCUGCUUAUGAUUUUCAAGAACUUGUAAAAAAAGCUCAACAGAACUUAUUAGAUGCGAUAGAAGAAAAAAAAGUAAAUUUAAAAACUGAAUUACAAGAACCAGAAAAUGAUUGGUACCAAUACGUUGAAACGGUAUUGAAUGAUUAUGACGACGUCGUUGUAAAAGAAGAAGUGAAAGUUGAAGAAAAUUCAGAAAUCCAAUCACAUUCAGUCAAUUUAAAACAGCACUUGGAUACGAAUGAAAAAGUUGAAAAGCAAACUGAAAAAAAAUCAAAAAACAAUUCUUCUAGUCGUAAAAAACAUGGGAAAAAAAUAACUGUAUUGGAUCCAGAAAUUGUUAAACGAAAAGCGAAAAGAAACGCACAAGUACAACGUACCAAAGAUGCAUGGAAAAAUUUUAAAUGGAAAUGCGCUACAUGCCAAUUGGAAUGCCCCUCUGUAGAAAAUUUACGUAAACAUUUCACAGAUGAACAUAAACAGAAACCAGUUUAUAGUUGUACAGAAUGUUCAAAUACUUACGAUGUAUUCACAUCUUUCAAAAAGCAUGUGAAGAAACACAGGGAUAAAUAUAAAUAUAAAUGUGACAUCUGCUCAAUGUAUUUUUAUCAACCAUAUCUAUUAAGAUAUCAUUUACGAAGUCAUUCCGAUGAAAAGAACUACACAUGCCCAGAAUGUGGGAAAAAUCUUAAAACUGCGAAUAAUUUACAAGGGCAUUUACGAUUACAUCAACCAGAUUUAAGACAGGCAUACGAAUGUGAUAUUUGUAAAAAGAAAUUAUCCACCGCUGCAAGUUUAUUAUACCAUCAGAAAACCGUACAUUUAGGUAAACGAGAAUUUAGUUGUGAACAAUGUGGGAAAAUGUUUUUUAGAAAAGCUGAAUUACAAAAUCAUUUAAAUACAGCACAUUCAGAUGCUAAACCAUUUACUUGUGAUCAAUGUCAACGAUCGUUCAAAGCUCGAUAUAUAUUAAGAGUUCAUUUACAAGUGCACAGAAAACAAAAACCACAUGCGUGCGAAGUAUGUGGAAAACGAUUUACAAGAAAAGGAACUUUAACACUUCAUUCAUCUGUUCAUACUGGUGUUUUGAAUUUCGAGUGUGAAUAUUGUCAUAAACGAUUUCGAACAAAACCACUUUUAAAGGUCCACAUCAGACAACAUACAGGAGAACGUCCUUAUUCAUGUUUGGAGUGUAAUCAUCAUUUCACCAACAGCUCAAAUUAUAUCAAACAUAUGCGAGGGAAACAUGGUGUAAAGAGUACAAGAAAAAAUGAACCACCGAUUAUUGAAAAUAAUAAAUUGGAAAAUAUUUAAAAAUAUUCAUACAUUUUGUUUUCUACACUAAUGGGGAUUUUGAAAAAAUAUUUUCUUUUUUUUUUUGUUGAG